CAGGAAACCUGACAUGUUCGCUGCAGAGUUUGUUCCCGCUGCUGUGGUCAGAGCUGAUCUGUGGUCAGAGUGUCGCCGCCUCACAGGAAACACAGACGAGUCCUCCCAGAGACACAGAGUGCAUGAUGGGACUGAAGAAGCUGCUGCUCGUCUCUCUGCUCGCUGUUCUGGAGGCGAGGGUGGCGGCGGGCAGCCAUCAUGGCCGCUCCAUGCCUGGAUCUCCGUACAACAUCAGCAGGAACGACCGCGGCCUCCAGCAGGUCGUCCUCGCCGCCACCUACUCCUUCAACAACCAAUCAAACGACGCCUUCCUCUUCAAACCCGCCGCCGUCCACAAAGCACAGCGGCAGGUGGUUAAGGGGGUUCGGUACAUCGUAGAUUUGGAGAUUUCUAGAACCGUCUGCCGUAAACGAGACAACAACACUCUGUCCGACUGUGACUUUCAGCCUGAAGGUCAUCUGCACCAGACGUUUCAGUGUCACUUUGAGGUUUGGAUGAUUCCCUGGAAGAAUGAGACCAAGACUCUGGUCUUCCUCUGUAAACCCUGAAACCUCCAGCUGCCUCCAUCAUCUUCAUCCUCCAUCAUCUUCAUCCCUGAUGGAGUUCACAUCCACCUGUCCACCUGUCUGACCUGCUUCUCCACGCCUCAUCUGUAAAACUAACUUUUCACACAAAAUAAAACCAUCUGCCUUUUGGAUAUGAAA